AUGCUGCUCGGCGGCGUUCACAGCAGGCCCGACAACCGCCGUGGCUUGGAGGUAGCUAGGUGGACUGACAGCCGUCACGCCCUCAAAGGCACGAAAGGCAGAGGUUCCCUCACUCUCUUCUUGCGCGAUCCUUUUGUCACGCCUUGGUCGUUGUGCUUACGGCGCUGGCUGCGUCUUGUGCUUGUGACAGAACGAGGCAAAGCAAUCUUCGUCGCCGCAACCCAGGAGCACACGGGCAAGACGUCUGUAUCCAUGGCGCUCAUUGCAGGUCUAGUGCGCAGAUUUGGGCCUACACGCGUGUCGUACAUGAAGCCUGUCGGCCAGAAGCACGUGCUGGUUGACAAGGACGUGGCCGUCGUAAGAGAGUACUUCGGCCUUUCUGCCCCGUACAACGCCAUGUCGCCUCUCGUCCUGUACAAGGGCUACACGAAAGACUUCUUGGACGGCAAGAUGGACGUCCGGGAACAAAAGAGAGUCAUCCAGGACGGGUUCGAGGAGCUCAUCCGGAGCAACGACUUCGUCGUUGUCGAGGGAACCGGUCACACCGGCGUCGGGAGCGUUGUGGGGAUGAACAACGCGAAUGUUGCGGGUUUGCUCGGGCUCGACGUCUUGCUCGUCGGAAACGGAGGCUUGGGUUCCACGUACGACGUCAUGGCACUGAACAAGACCCUGUGCACCGCUGGGGGUGUUAGAGUUCGCGCCGUCCUCCUCAAUAAGGUAAAACGCGGCAAGGAAGACAUGGUCAGAGAGUACAUCGGGAAGGCGCUGCGCACCAACUUGUGGGACGCGCCAGUGCUGGGGGUAGUACCGUGGGCGGAGUCGUUAGAUCAGCCGUCGAUACUGGACCUGGAGCAAAUGUUCGGCACGACGGCUCUCUCCGGGAGGGAACAUCUCCUCCGAAGGUACUCACGCUUUGAACUCGUCACAACGAGCCUUCGACAGUUGUUGAAGAAGCUCGGAGGUGGGGGUAUCAGCGCCAAGCGCACGUGCUUCGUGACGCAUGCGACCAGAAGUGACAUUAUUCUCGGUCUAAUCUUGACAGGAACACCGCCGGGGCACGUUCCGCAUUCCUUUGUGAGCGAGUACAUCGGCCGCGCCGCUAUUCCGGUGCUGAGCGUCGCCAUGUCGACCUCGGAGGUGAUGCACAAGUUGGAGAAGUUCACGUCCAAGAUGAACGUCAAAGACGACCUGAGGACACGAAACGUCAUCGACCACUACGAGCCCGAGAUCGACUUCGACGCGCUCCUCUCUUGCGCCAGCGUUCCGCCUCGACCAGGAUGAGAACCGGUUUACGCUCUGCUAGC